AUGAUGAAACAAAAUCCGGACGUGGGCAAUGAGAAGCAUCUAGGGUUUUUACAUGACAUCCGACACGCAAAUGUAAAUGCGUGCUGGUCACGUGAGUCAAGUACUGUCAGGGCAAAUUUGUCACAGGUCAGGAAGCUGGAGAAGGUUGGGACGGAGAUGUUUGGUAUACCGAGCGCAGUGAUGGGACCAUUCCCUCUAGAGGACACGUUCGGGAUGGGACCUGCGGCCUGCCUGUUAAGAAGAUCCUUGGACCCAGGUAGGAACGAGGCCACCAUUCAGUUUGCUACGGCUCGGAGGUUCCGGUCGGCCUACUCAAAUGCCUAUCAUGCCUCAAAGAGUGUUGGGCACAUCAGUUCCAUGGCUUAUGAAUCCAACAAGUUUUACACGGCCACGUGUCCCACCUAUGGUUAUUGGUUUGGCAGAUUCAUACUUGGAUGUCACAAGAGAAUGGGAGAUAAGGUAGUGCAGGACUACGCACUAUCAAGAAAAAGCUUUGUGGAGUUACUGAAACACCUAGAAGGGGAUUGGAAUGCAGCUAUCGGAAACCAUGUGGAGAGAGAUGGGAUCGUGGAGUUUGCUGGGGUCCUGAUGAUAGGUUUUCUGUUGGGGCUUCGUGGGGAAGAAAUUGUGAAGACAGAUAUUUCUGGACUUCUAAAAUUUAUCGAUGUCGGAGCACUGGACCCAGAUCACCCCCAUGUCAUUAUUCCCCUUAUUGGAAGACUCAAGGGAGAAACUGGUGAGCGUUAUCAUAUGUUGCCGAUGGCAAGGGUGACCAAAAGUGGGAUCACUGCGGGAAGGUGGAUGGACAGAUUGUGCCGCUCUUUGAUAAGGCGCAAUAGACGGAACGGGUUUGUGUUCCAGGGAAGAGACGGGAAGCAGCGAAAGAUUCGGGAUUACAAGGAGGAAUUUUACGAUAGAUUGAGGCGAGCGAGAGCAGAAAAGUGGUUCCUUUUUGAGCCGGGAAUUGAUAUCUCAGACGAGUACGGAUUGAGGCGUUCGUUGCGCAGGGGUUCUAAUACAGAGGCAAGGAAUCUGAAAGUCAGUCAGCCAGUGAUUGAUAUGAACAACAGAUGGAGGAAAUGGGAAGGAUCGAAAGGUCGACGCCCGGCGAUGGAGAUGUCGGCGCAUUACACGGAGAUUAGAAUGAGCCUUCCAAUCCUUUGGGAGUACUCUUUCUCGUUCUGA